AAAUCGAAUCAAGCACCAUAUCCUGGUAAAUAUUUCUGAUCCGGAAGCAGACCUACGGAGAAGUUCAGUGGACAUUAGACAGUAUUUCUGGCAAAUGGUGGCUUAUUUUAUUUUCUAAAAUUGACGAGAAGACACUAAGAGACACGUAGACCGCAAAUAUCACCAUGGGUGCGGCUUGAAAAGCCAAUUCGAGUGCGAAUCAAAAGAGCACGAGCUGGAAAUGAUCUCCUGAGAGAUCUGGUGGAUUCCUGAGAGUGAGGUGAGACUGAGAUAGAAUGAAGUUUGUGGUCGUUUUGAGCCUCGCGUUAGCGCCUUUAUGGGUGAAGUGUGCACUGCACCCCAGAUCUGCGGAGACCGAGCUGAGAACACAGGAAGAUGAGGAAGAGUUUGAGAGCCUCAGCUCGAUGCUGGCAGACUUCGAAGUGCUUCCUGCGUCCAGUCUCCAGCAGCACUCUUUAAGGAAGAGAGACGUGAACUCUGUGUCACACGUCGAACGUCUAGUCAGCUUCACAGCACUGAAGAGGCAUUUCAAGUUGUACCUGACCACCAACACUGAGCUUUUCACGGACAGUUUUAAAGCCGUGUUCAUUGAUGAUAAAGGGAAGGAGGAGAAUUACGAUAUCGAAACGCAAAAUUACUUCAGAGGGCAUGUAGUAGGUGAGGAACAUUCGCGGGUGCAGGCCCACAUGGAUGGAGACGAAUUUUCAGCGCAUAUCCUCACUGAUGAAGCCGAGUACAAUGUGGAGCCUUUAUGGAGGUUCACAGAAAAAGCCCCAGACAGCCGCCUGCUGGUCUACCGCUCUGAGGACAUCAAGAACAUUAGCCGACUGGCCUCAUCUAAAGUAUGUGGCUACGUCAACGCUGAGACUCCACAGUUGCUUCCUGAAAUGGCCAAAACAGCAGCAGAGGCACAGAAAGACCAAGAAAGAAGCCAGAGAGUACGGAGACAGACACACAACCACAAGAAGAACACCUGCACGCUGCUACUGGUGGCUGACUACCGCUUCUACAGGCACAUGGGUCGUGAAGAGGAGAGCACCACACUGAACUACCUGAUCGAGCUGAUUGACCGAGUGGAUGAUAUCUACAGGAAUACGUCAUGGGAUGAUGAGUUUAAAGGCUAUGGUGUACAGAUUCACCAGAUCAUCAUAAACAAGUAUCCCACUACAGUGUCUACAGGACAGCUUCACUAUAAUAUGGAAGGCAGCCCACGACCAAAAGACAACCACGUGUGGGAUGUGAAGAAGCUUCUAGAACAAUUCAGUUUGGACAUAGCGGAUAACGCCUCAGCCGUGUGCCUGGCUCACCUGUUUACCUAUCAGGACUUUGAUGAAGGCACUCUUGGACUUGCGUAUGUCGCCUCCUCCAGAGACCAGGCCUUGGGAGGACUCUGCUCAAAACCUUACUAUCCGUCCCCAUCAGUGAAAAAAGCCAGCUACUUGAACACUGGAUUAACCAGCACUAAGAACUAUGGCAAGACCAUUCUCACCAAGGAAGCAGACCUGGUGACCACCCAUGAGCUUGGGCACAACUUCGGAGCAGAGCACGACCCCGACAACAUUGCUUACUGUGCUCCUAGUGACGAGCAAGGAGGCAAGUUUGUAAUGUACCCCAUCGCCGUGAGUGGAGACCAUCCAAACAACAAGCGGUUCUCCAACUGCAGUAAAGCCUCAGUGAGCAGGACACUAAGGGUCAAGGCUCCACAAUGCUUCAAGGUACGCACCAGCAAUUUGUGUGGCAACUCUCGGGUUGAAGAAGGAGAGGAGUGUGACCCCGGGCUCCUCCAUCUCAAAGAUGACCGCUGCUGUACGGCCAGCUGCAAGCUGAAAAAGGGCAUGCAGUGCAGUGACAGGAAUAGUCCAUGCUGUUUCAACUGCAUGUUCCAGGAAGCUAAUAAAAUCUGUCAGGAGUCCAUCAACGCCACAUGUAAAGCGAGCUCAUCGUGCACAGGCAACGGCAGUGAGUGUCCAGCUCCUGGGAAUCUGCCUGAUUCUACAGAGUGUGUGGAUAGAGGCCGGUGCCGCAGAGGCGAGUGUAUUCCUUUUUGUGAGGCAACACAGAAACUCAGCUCUUGCGCAUGCAAUGAUACAGACAGCUCAUGUAAAGUGUGCUGUAGGAACUCCAACGGAAUGUGCACUCCUUUUAAAUUUCCCAGUGGAGAUUAUCUGUACCUGCGGAAGGGGAAGCCUUGCACUGUGGGCUUCUGCGAUGGCCAUGGUAAAUGCAUGAAGCAGGUCCAAGACGUUGUCGAGAGGUUGUGGGACUUUAUCGACAAGCUGGACAUCAACACAUUUGGAAAGUUCCUGGCUGACAAUAUAGUGGGUUCUGUGGUUGUCUUUUCCCUCCUCUUUUGGAUCCCUCUGAGCAUUCUGGUGCACUGUGUGGACAAGAAGCUGGACAGACAAUAUGAGGAGAACUCCAAGUCUCUAAUAUAUCCAAGUAAUAUGGAGAUACUGAGCAGCCUGGAGGGGGCUCCCAUGCGCAUCAUCAAAGCCCCUUUUCUUCCUCCUCCUCCUCCUCCUCCUCCUUCUUCUGUUUCAGCAGCGCGACCCGUACAGGGACACCCCAGCGGCAGCAGCACCUCUCCGCCUACAACCUCCUCUUCCGAGCCCAGAGCGGAUCCUCCGCGUAUGGCCACCAUCGAGGAGGACUCCAGCGGUGACUCUCCACCAGGGACAGCCUUCCCCACGAGCUCUGCGACAGCCAAGUCGUUCGAGGACCUCACCGAACAUUCACCACUAAACCGCCAAAACAAGCGACUGCAGAGACAAGCACGUGUUGAGAGUAAAGAGACGGAGUGCUGAGAGACGCGUGACUGGUCAAUUCACACAAUUUACACACACACACACACAAUCUGUCACAAGUAUGCACUUUGGUACACAACAAACAAAUGAGCCUUUGUAAAGAAUCCGUUUGGAGACAAUCCAAACUCAGUAUACUCUAGUGCAGGUGUUUUGUGCUAACUGAUGAGUAUUUUUGGUUAGUUGUUGAAAUUUGUGUGUAAAUUAUAAUUGUAUUUUUUAAAUAGAAGAGCAGAAAAGUAAUGUAUAAAUGCCUGAGGCUGCAGUCUACAUGCCUGGAUAUUAAAGGUGCCAUUUGUUGAUUGUGCUAAUAAACACAGUUCUCUUUUUAUCUGAUCCCACCCCAUGCAUUAAAAUUUAUGGCUUGCCUUUUAGGAAUAAGCAGCUGUGCUGAGCAGCACUCCUUUUUGUUGUGGGACAGGGUUCAUUUCAGGGCCAGAAAAUAUGUAAUCAGAAACCUGAAUUGAGCAAACUAGCCUGAUCUGUUGCUUGGGCUUGUGAACAUGCAUUAGACUGUACUUUUAAGCAUUACAAACUGCACCUUUAAAUUAUAGAUAUGAUGUUAAUGAAUAAUACAUAAAAAAGUGCCUUGUAGAUCUUCUGCCGAACCCCAUUAGAAAUUAAACGCAGAAAAAGCUGGAAUAGUUUUACUAGUCACUGAAAUGCCUGCAGUGUGUAUGGAUUCUUUACUUGGAAGUAUUCUUCCUUGCUUUUGGAUGUGAUUACUCCGUAUUUUUGAGUAAAGUUCAGCCUUAAAAAUGCAUGUUAGAAUCUUUUCCUUUAAAAUAUUCAUUAGCGGCAGACCUGUGCUGAAAUUCAGUCUGCUCCUGUCUAAAGGCGUGAUAUUUCAGGUGUAGAAUUGCUGCAGGAAAGCCACCAGUGCGUUGUGACCACUACUUCUACUAACUUCUGCUCGAAACGGUGAUUUGAUUAUGAAUCAACAAGAAAAAGUUACUCUUAACACUCUUGCCAUUCCUGUCUCUGCUCUGCUGUAGCACUUCAAGCUACCAUGCUUAAGAUUUUCUAUUUCAUAAACUGCCUGGAAAUUUUAACUGGAAGAGUCAAUGAAAUAUAAAUACACUGAAUUCUAAUUUAAACGCACAGACACAAACAUAUCAGGCGACGUGUGUUUUAUGUCCAGGCACUGUGUGUACUUCAGGUGUUGUUUAGGUCUUAGUGUCUGUGGACUCCUCUGUGUGUGUGUGUGUGUGGUCCAUAAUGAUUCAGAGAACAGAUAACAUUAUGGCUUUAUGAUUAAAGCACUAUGGAUGUGAAUGUCAUUUUACUCUUGACACUGACUUUUGGAACAUGUUUGCUGUGCUGUGCAUUUUUCGGUUAUCAUCUCUAGAUUUUGCCUUUCUCUUGAUGUAUUUUAUAUCCAUUUUGUUAUGUAUGAAAUGCUACACUCAAUACCACUCUAAUUGUUACUUAAGUGUUAUCAAUUAUGGCUUAGUGAUAGGCCAUGAAAUAUAAAUUUACUGUGCCAUAAACCCAUGGAAUACUUUCCGUGGUGUUUAAAUGUUCACUUCUAGAUGUAUAUAUCUUUAUAUACCUACAUUGUAUUUACUUACACAAUAAUAAACUCGACCACUACA